UUUUGGAAAGGGGAGAGAGAGAGAAGGGGGGCAGAGUUGAAGGAGAGCAAAGAGUCCAAGGAAAUGCACCAGCAGAAACGCCCCUCUUUUCAUCUCCUUCCCACCCAAGCCUCCCAAUAAAAUCUCCAGAUAUCUCCGAUUCCCCCCCACCCGAUCCUUCACGGCUGGUUGUUUCAACCCAAUCCUCCCACGAUUUCUGGAAUUCUCCAUCGCGAAUCCCCUCCGUAAGGUCGACCCCUGGACCCCUGGUAGUGGCUUCUUCACUGGACCAGAGCAUCUGCCUGCAUUGUGUGAUUGAGUUGGCACUAGCCCUCACCGUGCUCAGUGUUUCACAGAUCAUCCUGUUCCUGACAUGGAGGAUUCACAGAGUAAUCAGGAUGGUUGCAAGUUUGGAGCUUUUGUUGACGGGACUCCUGGUGCUGCAUUGGGUAAUGCUGGUGACAUGGAGCUCCACUGUAUGGGGGGUGGUACUUCAGAGGCAGGGAGAGCCUCUCUGAAGAUGAGAAGGCCACUGCCUUCUUCACCAUUCACGAUGUAUGACACUUCGACGAUCGGAAGCAAUCGAAGUGCUGUGGGGUUCUCUCAUAGUGACAGUCUACCCGACGAGCAGUCGUUGGCUUCAGCUUUUGGGGACAUGAGCUUCAUGGAUCACACAACUGAUUCUCCUACAACCCCUACAAAUUUUGUGCCGGUAAGUGGGUACUAUCCAUCUGGGCUUACGCCUCCGAAUGUUACAUUGAACCUGCCGAUUGUGCCAGCAAUUGUUCAAGAUGAUUUGGUGCCUCUGCAGUUCAGUGCUGAACAUGUCAAUCAGAAACCAAACCAACUAACUCUUGAACACCAAGAACAAGCUCACAGAUAUCCACUGCACUUUGGGUAUUUUCCAACAAACUCCCAGAUGGAAAAUCUGGACAGGGUCUUCCGUCCUCGUUACCAGCCACCAGCUUUGUCAGCUUCACCCAUCGAGCAGCAGUUUUAUAUUGACAGGCAAUCUAAGAUAUAUGCACCUUAUGGUCAGCAGUUUGGUUCAAACUUCAUGUCGCAUCAUGGUAUGGAAGAACAAACAUACCCCACUAUACCACCACAUUAUGUUUACCCACAAUUGGAACAGGUUGCCAGGUCAGAUGUUCGUCGAAGUAGGAGACAUCGCCAGGCUGCAGUUUGCACAUCUGCAAAUGGCGCAUCACAUAUUGGAACACCUAAUACUCAUCGACUGGGAAUGGGUAAUGAUGAUCCUUACAGUAAUGGUGCUGCUUUUCUCAAGAGAAAUAACCAGCUGCAUAACACAUAUGUGAACAGUUUCCCAGGUACAUUGUAUGCUGACAGUUCAUGUGACAGUGGCGAUUUCAGUCAGCAAGAUGACAAAUUUUCCCAUCCAUAUGCAUUGAAUUCUUUGUCUAAUGGUUUCUCUGAAGAUCAGAUCUCAGAUGAUCUCAGCGCUGCAAGUUAUCCAGAAAAGGUCUUGAUGAGGUCUGAUGGGGUAACUUCAGCAAGAAGUACCAAGUUUGCUCCUUCCAUGAAUGGUUGCAUUGGUAGGGAUCGAAGAUUUAGUAAUGAACAUAACCAUCUUGAUAAUCAGAGUAAUGAUUCUUCACGCCUCGAUAGGCUGCACUCCGAGUUUCUGUCCUUGGUGAUGCAAUCCCGUGAGCCGAAUUAUAAUUCAGUUGAUGAAGUUGCUGGAAGAAUCUAUAUGUUGGCUAAGGAUCAAAAUGGCUGCCGUUUUCUGCAAAAAGUAUUUGCUCAAGGCAGUCAAGAGGAUGUUGAAAAAGUCUUUGGUGAAAUAAUUGAUCAUAUUGGUGACCUUAUGGUAGAUCCAUUUGGCAACUAUUUAGUGCAGAAGCUGCUUGAAGGGUGCAGCGAGGAUCAACGGAUGCGCAUAUUAUGUGAAGUUACUAAAAUGCCUGGACAGCUUAUUGCAGUUUCUUGCAACAUGCAUGGGACUCGUGCCGUGCAAAAGAUCAUAGAAACUAUAAACAGUCCAGAUCAAGUUUCGAAGGUUGUGUCUGCAUUGAGUCCUGGAGCAAUGCAUUUGAUGCUAGAUCCUAAUGGCAGUCAUGUGGCAAACCGGUGCCUGCAGAAACUGUUACCGGAGUCCAAAGUGUUUCUUCUUGAUGCGGCCACAUUGCAUUACCUUGAACUAGCAACACAUCAACAAGGCUGUUGUAUCAUUCAAAAAUGCAUUGAACAUUCAAAUGAUGAGCAGAAAUACAGCUUGUUGAGCAACAUUAUAUCAAGUGCCCUUACUCUUUCAGACGAUCAGUUUGGGAACUAUGUCAUUCAGUCUAUCCUCAAUCACAACAUUGGUUGGGCGACUUGCAAAAUAGUAGAUGAGCUGGAGGGUCACUUUGGGUAUUUAUCAAUGCAGAAGUGUGGUAGCCAUGUGGUCGAAAACUGUCUAAGGCAAGCACCGCAGCACAAGCGUGACAGAAUCAUUGGUGAACUUAUGAAUGAUCCCAAGUUGCCGCAUAUCAUGGUGGAUCAGUUUGGCAAUUUUGUGAUUCAAACAGCUCUUGAACAUUGCAAGGGUACGCUACACACAGCCUUCGUCGAAGCUAUUAGACCACACGCUGCAGCAAUGCAAAGCCACAUGUAUGGGAAAAGGGUUUUAUCAAAAACAUACCUGAAGAACAAGCAACACCGAGUUGUUGUGCUGUAACCUUCAUUCGGCGAUUGUAACAGGAUCGGGACAGUUCAAGCCACUUGUAUCACGAACAGCACUGAAUGUAUAAUGCUGUGAAAGAGGACCUUUUGUAUCUGGAGAAUUUUGGGGAAAAGGAAGGCAUUUUAGUAUAUUUACGCAUGUAGAAUUAAUAACUGUGAGUUGUAUUGUUGGGUACUUGGAUUAGUAAUCAGUCUUCGCUGUAUCUGUCAGAAUAUGGUUUGUCAUUAACAUUUUGUAAUAACUGGUUGUCUGGGUACUCUAGAUUGUGUUCUCUAGAAGCUGAAAACUUUGUAACCAUAUUUGAAAGCAGCAGUGCACAGAUAUCAAAUUCUAAUAUUUA